AUGAAAUCAAUAUUUAUUAUUAUUUUUAUUUUAUAUGUUUUUCAAGUAAAUAGCCAAACAAUAUAUCCGAUUGAUCCAAGUGGGAAAUGUGAGCAAUAUAUAGGAGAUACACCAUCUUCGCCAUGUUCAAAAUUUUUAAAUAAUUUGGCAUAUACAUCAAUUAUUAAUUUUCUUAAAAAAAAUAAAAAUAAAAAAGAUUCUAUAUAUGUAUCAUCAAAUGCAACACAACAAAAUGCAAUGAAAAAAUUGGAUGAAUAUUUUGGAAUUUUAGGUGCUAUUGGUACAUCUGGUUGUAAAAGUGACUCAUUAACAUAUAAGACAUUAUGUUCAAUUUAUUUACCAGGAUGUGAAAGUUUUACAAAUAAUCAAACAAAUAUUACAAUUGCAAUACCAAAAAGGAUUUGUUAUAAUACAUGUAAUAAUGUUACAACUAAAUGUGGUGUACCAAAAUUUUAUUUUAGUUGUGAUCAAAUUGAACCUGUUAGUGGGUUACCAAUGUUUCCAUUAAAUUAUUCAGAAUUUAAUUUAACAAAUUAUGAUGUUGGUAAUCCAAAUUAUACAGUUCAAUGCUAUGGACCAUUAUCAGAUAAUACAAUGGUUAAUUUAGAUUCAUCAUAUUGUCCACCUCCUUUAUUUUAUCAUAAUUCAACUGAUCAUGAUGCAGAUUAUGAUAGAGGUUAUUUAUUUGUUUCCGAAACUAGUAAUUGUGUAGUACCAAAUCCCGUUCCACUUUACACCAAUGAACAAUGGGAUCAACUUUAUAAUUUAUCAAAUACUCUUGCAGUUUUAUCAACAUUUGGUUCAUUAUAUCUUUUAGUUACAUUUAUUAUUCUAAAUCCAAAAGUUACAAGUUUUGAUAGAAUGUAUGGAUUUUUUAAUGGUUCAGUUUUCAUGAUGAGUUUAUCGGGUGUAAUACUAUUCAUUGCAGGUGGACCAAGAGCAUUAAUUAAAGAUGGUGGUGCUAGAAUAUCAGUUUUUGAAGAUCCAUUAUGUUCAAGUACAGGUUUCAUUUUUCAAUUAUUUGCAAUUAAUGCAAUUUUAUUUUGGGCAUAUAUGGGAUUUGAUUUAUGGUGGAGGGUUAAAUAUAUUACUAAACCAUUAAAUAUACAAAAAUAUUAUGUACCAAUUGCAUUUACAAUCUCUUUCAUUUUUAGUGUUAUACCAUUAGCAACUAAAAAUUAUAGAAUGGUUAGAGGAAAUAUUCAUUGUUGGGUACAUAAAGCAGUAUUACAAAAUACACUCUUCUUUGGACCAUUAGGAUUAACAUUAACAAUUAGUACAGGAUUUAUUGGAUUAGUAAUUUAUGAGAUUUAUAAAAUUGUUAAAGCAACAGGUAGAGGUGGUAUUAUGAAAUUAGAGAUAAAACCAAUUUUAAAUAUUGUUUUAAUUUAUUUUUCAUUUGUUUAUAUAUUUGCAUUUAAUUUUCAUAAUGAUAAUAAUUCAAAGAAUACAUAUGGUAGUAUUGAUGAAUUCUUUCAAUGUACAUUAGAGAGUGAUGAUCCUUCAAAGUGCACAGUUGGUGGUCCAUCUAUAGGUUCAUUAGGCUAUUUCAUUUAUUGUAUUAGAAUUUAUGGAAUUUAUUGUUUCUUUUUACAAGGUUUAAAUGAGAGAGCUUUUAAAAUUUGGAAAAGAUCAAUUGUAUUUAAUAAUAGAUUUAUUUUAUUCAUUAAAGUUAAAUUAUUCUCAAUGGAUAAUAAUUCACCUUCUGAGAGUGGUAAUUCAUCAACAACUGCUGGUACUUCAACAACAAUUAACAAUAGUAAUAUAAAUAAAAAAAAUAAUAAUAGUAAACCAACUUUAUCAACAAUGGAUUCAAAUGCAUUUUCAAAAAAUAAUGAUUCUGAUUCAGAUUUUGAUGAUUAUGACCCAUAUCAUAAAAAACAAAAUGAUAUUGAAAUUGGUUCUGUUAAUAUAAAAUAA